GGGCGCUGCAGUAGCGCAGCGCAGCCACGCCGCGGCAACAGCAACACCGCACCAUGGCGCUUCUUCUUCAUCCCCGCCUCCCGUCCCAUCCUUUCCGCGCGGCAGCCCACCACCACCACGCCAUCUCGGACGCCUCUUGCUUCCUUACCCUCCACGGCCCCGGAAGGAAGCGCCGCAUGCUGCUCGCGGCGGUCACGUGCCGCGCAGCCAGGGUCAAGGAGCCCGCUCCGAGCGCAGGCGCCUCGCCUCCGCCGCCGCCACAGGCGCUGACGAAGGAGGCGCACAAGUACUUCGACCACGCCGUGGUCACCGUCCGCGCGGGCGACGGCGGGCACGGCGCCGUGCUCGCCAUGCCGCCGGCGCCCUCCGCGGACGCCGCCAAGCCCCGCGGCAGGUUCAACCGGGGCGAGAAGAAGAGCAAGAAGGUGUCGUACAAGCGCAACUACGACGGGUCCGUGGCGCUGCCGACGGGCGGGCACGGCGGCGACGUUGUGGUGUACGCCGACGAGGCCGAGGAGACGCUGCUGCGGUUCCACGAGAAGGCGCGGUACUGCGCCAAACGGGGAGGGAACGUGGGCGCCGCUGGCGGCACGCUCAGCUCGCGGAUGCACAGCGGGUUCGCCGGGGAGACGCUCAGGAUACCCGUGCCUGUAGGAACUGUUGUGAAACGCAAGAAGGGGGCUGUUCUGGCGGAUUUGGCUCAUCACUGUGAUGAAGUGCUCGUUGCUAGAGGUGGACAGGGCGGAAUCAGCUUGAUUGAUGUGCCUGAGUACAAGAGGAGGAAAGCCAUGGCUUUAUCCCCAAACAUCAUGCGAGAUACUAGUGACAAAGUAUUAACGCAUGGUCAACCUGGUGAGGAAGUAAGCUUGGAGUUGAUCUUAAGGGUAGUUGCUGAUGUUGGCCUUGUGGGACUUCCAAAUGCUGGAAAGUCAACACUUCUAUCAGCUAUAACACUUGCAAGACCAGACAUUGCUGAUUAUCCAUUCACUACAUUAAUGCCCAAUCUUGGCCGACUUGGUGGAGAUCCUGCUUUAGGGGCGUUACAGUUUUCCUCAGAAGCAACAUUGGCAGAUUUGCCAGGUCUAAUUGAGGGCGCUCAUCUAGGAAAGGGCCUUGGCCGCAAUUUCUUAAGACAUUUAAGGAGAACUAGAGUAAUCGUCCAUGUUGUCGAUGCUGCUGCAGAUGACCCUGUCAAUGAUUAUAAGAUUGUUAGAGAAGAAUUAAGGAUGUAUAACCCCCAAUACCUGGAGCGACCUUAUGUUGUGGUCCUCAACAAAAUUGAUCUUCCUAAGGCCCAAGAUAGACUAUCUGCACUGGUCUUAGAGAUAUCUUCAAUUGGAUGUGAAGAAGGGCAUGAGCAAAGUGGCAGCAAAGAUAACCUAAAUGGACGAGUAAGUGAUCAUCAGGUCUUAUCAGAGGCUAAAGCUGAAGGUGUUGAAAAGGAGCUCGGGGACUAUCCAAGACCUGAAGCUGUCGUGGCUGCUAGCGUAUUGAGGCAUAUCGGGAUCGACGAGAUGCUGAAGGAGAUAAGGGCAGCCCUGAGAAAAUGCUUUGAUCACAAGUUACCAGAACAUUGAGCAAAGUAAGUUAGCAUAAAUAUAGGCUAAAUAGUACCAUAGUCCAGUUCCAGUAGCAGAAAAGGGAAUGAACUGGAUGCCCCCCUGGCACAUACUGAAGAAUCCCCAACGGCAGUUAAAUCCAUGGAGAGUUUUCUGAAGCAACGGCACCAGCGGUUUCUGAAGGGUGAAAACACUAAUGCUGGAGCACAGCGGUUUUUCAGGCGUCGUUUGUAACACGGGUUCUCCAGUGAAAUUUCUGCGAAAAUUGAAUUUGUUGUCGUCCACAGCUGCCGUUUGUAGGUGACAGUACAACGUAUGUGAAUAGAUUAGUUUGAGUUAUGUCGGCGCUGUCAUUGUAUCAUUCGUCUCCAAUCUGCGCAGAUUUGCAGUGUAGCAUUCAUCUCUUGUCUGCACAGAUGCACGAUGCGGCAUUUGUCUUCUGUGGUUUCAGUCCUGUGUACUACAAGAAAUACACUUUGAUGGAACUAUCGCUUUGUGACAACAAUUUCAUUUCACGAAUCAAUGUGAUGUG